AUGGAUGUUUGUCAAGACAGUUCAAUUAUUGUCAUACAUUCGGACGAUGAGGAUGAAGAUGAUGACGUUGUGCUGGUUGAGGCUGAGAAGUCUGCGGUUGAUGCUGAGAAAAGGGACGAAGAUGACGUGAUAUUUGUGUCAGAAGAACCGUCAACUUCAUUUCAAAAGUCUUCUCCACAGCAUAUUAAG